AUGGAACUCUUUCGUGUGCGACUCAAUUGCAUCGACUACUACCAGUCUACGCCUUCAAAAUUUGACCCUCCCCUUCGAAGAAACAUUAAACCUUCUCAGAUAUCCAAAGAACCAAAGGUUCCGGUGAUAAGAGUGUUCGGAGCCACCGAAACAGGCCAGAAAGUAUGCGCUCAUAUUCAUGGAGCCUUCCCGUACCUCUACGUGGAAUAUAAUGGGAGCCUUAUUGAAGAUGACGUCGGUGCGUAUAUACAUCGCCUUCAUCUGUCUAUUGACUUUGCUCUGGCUGUCAGCUAUCGACGAAAUGUAUCUGACGACAAUGCCAAAUUCGUUGCGCGCAUCACUCUUGUGAAAGGAAUUCCGUUCUACGGCUUCCAUGUUGGCUACCGAUUCUAUCUCAAAAUUUAUAUGUUGAACCCCAUGGUCAUGACGCGACUUGGAGACCUCUUGCGGCAGGGAAUCAUCAUGAAGAAAGUGUUUCAACCCUAUGAAGCUCACCUUCAAUACCUACUCCAGUGGAUGGCCGACUACAACCUUUACGGAUGUGGCUACAUCGACUGUGGCAAAGUCACUUUUCGUGGGCCGGUGCCAAAAUAUGAUGAGCUAGACAACAUAUCUCAUCUGUGGCAUGAUCGUUCAAUUCCAGCUGAUUCUGUUAGUGACGAGUCGGAGCUUCCCAGAGUGAGCCACUGUUCUUUGGAAGUAGACAUUUGUCUCCAGCAUAUCCUGAAUCGCCGAGAUAUCAAGCCUCGCCCUCUCCACCACGACUUUAUUGAGCGUCUGAACCCGCUGGCCCCGAAUGAGAAGCUAGUCCACAGUAUGGCCGGUCUUUGGAAAGACGAAACCCGGCGUCGAAAAUCACGAAUGACGAAUCCGGCCCCUGGAUCAAGUCCUUUUCCUGCGGAAGUUAUGAUAUCUAUGUCAGCAGAUCCUCGAAACACACAAGCGGCUGGAUGGAUUCAUGAAGAAGAAUACCGUGAAAAGUUGAUUUCUCUCAUAAGCGAGGAAAAAAACAAGAGCGAUGGUGCCAAAAUCUCCUUCGAAUCAUUUGUGAAACCCACUCCAUUCGAGUCCUUGGUGAAGACGAGUCUAGAGUCAGUUGAGGAUCUGUAUCCUGAAAAUCUGCGCCCAACCUUAGGGCUAGCUCCUGGGACCAGCAUUGAUGGCGUCGACUUUGAUAUGAAUGACACUGAAGCUAGAGUCAUCGACGAGGGGAAAAUCAGGAACUUCAUGACAGAUAACGAUGAUGACUUUCCUUACGAUUCCGAUGAAGAAGUAAUGCGAGAGAUAUCGCUGUCACAGAGGAAGAGAGGAGACCAGGUCGAGGGGAAACACCUCGAAUCGAACGACAUUCAUCAGCCGGAGCGUAAAGUUGACGAUGAGUUUCGUCCUGCUGGCGAUGCCAAUGGAGAUCAGUUGAUAGACCCUCUGGACGCAGCUACCACAAGCAAUUUAACAAGCGAUUUCACAAGCUCAUCCGAGUCUCACAUGGGCGACAUCGACAUUGGAACAGAGUCCAGGAACUUCGAGGGCUCGGGAGAUAUGCACAGCAGAAGUCUGUCUCCCGCGGAAUCCGUUCGCAAGGGGCUCAAGCGACAAGAGUCUCCAGUAGACCCUUCAAACUCUCACAGAAAUCAUAAGAAACGCCAGAGAAUUUCGUAUGCAGAUGCGGACGCUGACCACAUUGACCAAUUUUCUGACCUGCCUCCGCAAGAAGAGAUUCAAAAUGAGCAGUCUAGCAACGGUCGACAGCCUGCUCUUCUAGGCUCGUCGAAGUUGUCUCCUGUAGCCAAGGCAGAACACCUGAGUACCAAAUCUGGACUUCGGGGUGCAAGGGCGCCCGUUAGCUUGAGAUCUUCACAGGAAUCUAUCAAAGCAAGAGAUGCUUCUCAGCCAACAUCCCUCAGGUUUCCGGUUGUCAAAGACCCUCAUGACCCGGAUACGAUGUUGAGAUUAAGUCAAAGGGGAUCCCAGAAUGCUCUCUCUGGGAGGAUAAAGCACGUUUCAUUCGAUCCAUCUCCGUCAACAUUCGAAUCAGAACGAGAAAACCCAUCCAAAAGUUCUGUAAUCCAGGGAAGUGUGGGUCAAAAACCCUUAACUCCUGCAGCAGCUAUUCUGAGAAACAUGGCCGUUGAGUACGGAAAGACAGCGACAGGGCGAAUUCUCAUAUCAAGUACACUUCCUCCAUCGAAGAUUCAUGUCGCCUCAACCAUGCAGGCAUCCGGACUCCCGCCGGUCAUCUACCAGGAUGCUUACUACAGCAACGAGGUCGAUGUCCCGGACCGUCCGAGGGAGUGGGCUGGAAGGGAAUUCAAACUUGAAAGCUUGACCGUUCCGUUCUUACCUGAAUUUGAUCCCACAGGUACAUCGGAUGCAGUGCUUGGUCAGAAACUUGGCGCGUUGCCGGACAAAGUGAAAGAAGAAAAGAGCUACCAGCGUCAACGGCAAAGUUGUAGCCUGCGUAGCUGGAUGAUUGCAACACCUCCUCCCACUUAUGCAGAAGUUGCCGACUGGUCGCGGAGAGAACGCUUCAAACUGUCGCACAAUCUCAUGGCACAGAACUCUGGACCCUCUCGUGUUGAAGAAAAAUCGGCACAGAGCAAUCUCUCUCAAAUAGACGGACCCACUCAGAAAAACAAGCAUGGCUUCAAGUAUACUCAGGACCAAAAGACCACUAGCGUCAAGCACGAGGCUCAGUACAUGAGUACAAUGAGUCUGGAGGUUCACAUCAACACAAGAGGGAACUUUGUACCGAACCCAGAAGAGGAUGAAGUGCAGUGCGUAUUCUGGUGUCUCCAGUCAGAUGAUGAGGGCCUCCUAAACAACUGCGCAGUGGACGGAACGCAUCUUGGGGCUGUUGUCCUCUCAGAGGAUGGUGUCGUGACUCGGAAAAUUGCCAGGCAGAUUUCUAUUGAUAUCCAAGAAGAGUCUACCGAGCUGGAUCUUAUGAUCCGUAUGGUCGAAAUCGUGCGGAACUAUGACCCAGACAUCCUCACUGGCUAUGAAGUGCACGGCGGCUCAUGGGGAUACUUGAUCGAACGCGCGCGUCUGAAGUAUGACUAUAACCUCUGCGACGAAUUCUCGCGUAUGAAGGCACAAUCACACGGGAGAUUUGGUAAAGACAGCGACAAGUGGGGCUUCAACAAUACAUCGACGAUCCGUGUGACCGGCAGGCAUAUGAUUAAUAUCUGGCGGGCCAUGCGCAGCGAGCUGAACCUCCUCCAGUAUACCUUGGAGAACGUCGCUUUCCAUCUCCUUCAUCGUCGAAUCCCCCAUUUCACCUGGGCCGACUUGACACGCUGGUAUGUCAAUGGCAAGACCAGAGACCUGGCGAAAGUCGUAAACCAUUACGCCACGCGGGUCCAGCUCGACUUGGAAUUACUCGAUGCAAACGAAUUGAUUCCGAGAACGAGUGAGCAAGCCCGCCUGCUGGGAGUCGAUUUCUUCUCGGUGUUCUCGCGUGGCUCCCAGUUCAAAGUAGAAUCUCUCAUGUUUCGUAUCGCAAAGCCCGAAAACUUCAUGCUUGUCUCCCCAAGUAGAAAACAAGUUGGUGGUCAAAAUGCCUUGGAGUGUUUGCCCUUGGUCAUGGAGCCUCAGAGCGCCUUCUACAACAGUCCGUUGCUGGUUCUCGACUUCCAAAGUCUUUAUCCCAGUGUCAUGAUUGCAUACAAUUACUGCUAUUCUACCUUUCUUGGGCGCAUUGUCAACUGGCGCGGCAAGAGCAAGAUGGGCUUCGCUGAAUAUCAAAGGCAACAGCGGCUUCUCGAGUUACUAAAGGACCACAUCAACAUUGCUCCCAACGGUAUCAUGUAUGCAAAGCCAGAGAUCCGGAAGUCCCUACUCGCCAAGAUGUUAGGGGAGAUUCUUGAGACCCGAGUCAUGGUAAAGAGUGGAAUGAAAGUGGACAAGGACGACAAGUCACUCCAGCGUCUGCUCAACAAUAGGCAGUUGGCCCUGAAGUUGAUAGCAAAUGUCACUUACGGAUACACGUCAGCUUCUUUCUCAGGCCGCAUGCCUUGUUCCGAGAUCGCUGAUAGCAUUGUUCAGACAGGUCGCGAGACCCUCGAGAGAGCUAUUGCUCUGAUUCAUUCUGUCAAAAAAUGGGGAGCGGAAGUUGUCUAUGGAGAUACGGAUAGUAUCUUCGUCUAUCUGAAGGGCCGAACCAAGGACCAGGCGUUCGAUAUCGGCGAGGAGAUUGCAAAAACUGUAACCAACAUGAACCCUCGCCCUAUCAAGCUUAAGUUCGAGAAAGUCUACUUACCAUGCGUCUUACUGGCAAAGAAGCGUUACGUCGGGUUCAAAUACGAAAGUAGGAAUCAAUCUGAACCAGACUUUGAUGCGAAGGGUAUCGAAACUGUCCGCCGUGAUGGAACGCCAGCGGAGCAAAAAAUUGAAGAGAAGGCACUCAAGAUCCUAUUUCGAACCUCUGACCUGAGCCAGGUCAAGUCAUACUUCCAUCAUGAGUGUGAGAAGAUUAUGAAAGGCUCGGUGUCAGUUCAAGAUUUCUGCUUCGCUAGAGAAGUCAAACUAGGGACAUAUAGUGACAAGGGACCACCUCCACCUGGAGCACUUAUCAGCACAAAGCGUAUGCUGGAAGAUGCUCGAGCAGAGCCCCAAUAUGGCGAACGGGUGCCAUAUGUUGUCAUCACUGGUGCUCCGGGAGCACGACUCAUUGAUCGAUGCGUCGCCCCAGAGGAACUUCUGGAAAACGAGCACAGUGAGCUUGAUGCUGAAUAUUACAUAUCGAAGAAUCUCAUACCUCCACUUGAACGAAUCUUCAAUCUCGUUGGGGCCAAUGUCCGGAACUGGUACGAUGAAAUGCCAAAAGUCCAACGGAUCCGUCGAGUCGAUGCAAAUUUGCAGCUCCAAGGAAUUUCGAAAGAUUUGGGAAUCAACAAAAAGACCCUCGAAUCUUACAUGAAGUCGUCUUCGUGUCUUGUUUGUAAGGAAAAACUGGAAGUCGAAGGCUCGAUCUGCCCGAAAUGCUUAUCAGAAAAGCCAACAUCUCUGUUGACUCUGAGGCAUCGACUCAAUGGCGCAGAGAGAAAAUUCAUGGACAUCCAGAAGAUAUGUCAAGGCUGCUCGGGGAUAUCACCCUUGGACGAAGUCCGCUGCGAUAGCAAGGAUUGUCCAGUCUUCUACACGAGGACGAAGCAGAAUGCAAGACUGAAGACAGAAAAGUCUAUCGUGGAGCCUGUUAUGAAAGAAUUGGCCGGGAUGAUUGUAGAUAUGGGUGACCUGGAUUGCUUCUGGCCGCGCUCGCUUCCUACGAUCACCGUGUUCACAGCUACUUGCCGUGGCUGUCGCGACUCAAGCCGGAUAAGUAUCGAUGCCAUUAUGGGCGAUCUGCUGAAGUUCCUCUUCGUUUACUUGCUCGGUGGCCUUACGCUCUUCCCGCUGGUCAUUCUGGCAGUGUUAUCCCUUGCUUACUUCAAACUUCCUUUACACAAAGAAUCAGCAGACAAAGACUACGAUGCAGAAUCGAUUGUGCAACCCGGCGACGACGUCGACGCGAUCAAACGCGCCCAGCUGGGGGAGAAGUUUCAGCCUCGGGAUAGCCAUGAAGCUGAGGUAGCGGCGGGGUAUUUUGCUGUGUCAAGGACAUACGUGCCCGGAGGCGUUGGAGCCCUUCCACCGGAGAGGAGUACGCCUACGGGGUCUACAACUGUGUCUGCGCCGAGUCCGAGUGUCUAUCAGACUAUGUACAGGAGCAUAUUCGACCGGAAGCCCGUGAACAGCCCUAUCGACAAUAAGCCUCAAAGGAGAGGGAAUAAUGUAUUCUACGUGGUUCUGAGGCAUGGUCAUCUCAUGUUAUUCGACGACGACGAGCAGCUCGAGGUCAGGCACGUUGUUUCAUUAGCUCACCACAAAGUCAGCAUAUAUUCCGGGGGAGAGGAAACGCCGGAAGGGGAGCUAUUCAUAAAGCGGAAUGCACUAUGUCUUUCGAGGAGGACGGAUGUUGGAGAGAUCUCGCCAGAUGGGAAGGCUUCGAAGCCCUUUUUCCUGUUCUCGGAGAACUGCUCUGAGAAGGAGGAUUUCUACUUUGCGCUUCUACGGAACCAGGAGAGGACACCGGAUGCCAAAUACAACCCUCCCAUGCCGCUACAGUACGAUGUUAAGGAUAUUAUAACGUUAGUGCAGAGGUUACAUUCGUCAGAAGAGCAGCUGCAAACACGAUGGAUCAACGCUGUGAUAGGCAGGAUAUUCCUGGCUCUGUACAAAACCCCAGAAGUCGAGAAUUAUGUCCGGGCCAAGAUCACUAAGAAGAUCUCGAGAGUGAAGACCCCGGCGUUCCUAUCCAAGAUCUCGCUGCCACAUAUCGAUAUGGGCGAAGCUGCCCCUGUGAUCACGAAUCCUCGACUAAAAGACUUGACUGUGGAUGGCGAAAUGGUGGUUGAGGCCGACGUGAAAUAUUCGGGGAACUUCCGCAUUGAGGUGGCUGCAACUGCUCGCAUUGACCUGGGAUCAAGAUUCAAAGCAAGAGAGGUCAAUUUGCUACUUGCAGUAGUUCUGAAGAGAAUCGAGGGCCAUGUACUGAUCCGUAUCAAGCCACCGCCAUCAAAUCGACUCUGGAUGACCUUUCAAACGAUGCCAAAAAUCGACAUGACCAUAGAGCCCAUUGUCAGCGCGAGGCAGAUCACGUAUACAAUAAUCUUGCGGCAGAUUGAAAACCGCAUCAAAGAAGUUGUUGCCGAAAGUCUGGUCUACCCAAACUGGGACGACUCUCCCUUUCAUAAUAGCGAGGACAAGCUUUGGAGAGGUGGCAUCUGGGCUGAUGAGGGCGUAUCCGGGCGUCCCUUGGACGCUCAGUCGACAGCAGCGCAGGAAGGGGACGUUGACGAAGUGGAACGCUUAGAUUGCGAGCACAACGAAUCCGCAAUUGAUCUGCCUCAAAUUGAGAAGAGCAUAAGCGCCCCUCUUGUCGACGCUUCUCCUCCAAGUACGGUCUAUGCACGAAAAAAUGCGAAGUCCGCCCUCAACCCCACCAACCCAAAGCUCAAUGGUUCGUCCACCAGUAUUGACACUCUAUCUCCUGGCUCUGAGAAGCCAAAGGCUCUCCGUUCAGGGUCCUUUACCGGUGCAGCUACACCGGUUGUUAGCACAAACAUCACAAACGCAGAUGCUAUCAAGACCACGGCAACACCGGAACAUAGUCACGCCAUGGCGGCAAUUGCAGCUCUCUCCCAAACAAAUUCUCCUGUUCAUACUCCUGUUGGAUCACCGUCACAACCAUCGCGUACAGAAAAAUUCGGCAGUCUAUCAUCUGCAUCUUCCAUGGACACCUCGCAAUCAAGCUCGGAAAAGGAUCUGCAGAACGAGAUCACACCCCAGCCUUCCGCGAAUGCCUCGGAAUCCCUUGACCGUUCUCCAUCUAUUAGAUCAGAAGCAGCGUCCACAAGAUCUUUCGGGUCUUUUGGGUCUGACUCAAGACGUGAAACCUCGACUUCCUCAUCGAGGUCCUCGGCAGCAGAGACUAAGCGAAUCUCUCUAGCUGCUGUGACCAACGCCGCUGCUACGGCAAAGAAAUGGGGUUGGAGUGCUUUGUCAAGAAGUUCAGACAGGACGGACACAUCCCCCGAAGAGACUCCUUCUCGGCCCCUUGUCAUGGGACGUGGGCAGCCGCUGCCUCCUCCUGGAGUACCUCUACCUCGCCCGGACAAGAAGACAAAGACUGCACCGAUUCCCGUUCCGAAACGAAAGCCUGUUGUACCACCUCCUGAUCUGCCACCAAAGCCAAGUGACUCUCCAUCAGAUACACAUGCUCUCCGCGGCCAGCAGCAUGCUGUACCACCACCACUUCUUCCCAAACGUAGAAGUAAAGAAAACCAGAGGUCGAGUAACAUGUCUUCCGAUGAUGGAAUGCUUGUGAUCGAAGCACCAGCUACAGAUUCUGGCUCAUCAACACCGAUGACCGAGAAUGGGCUCGUUUACAUGCAACCCUGGGUAGACGAUGUAGACGAAGCAGAUGAAGCAGGAGCUCCAAAACCGAGUCACCAACCUGCUUCGAGCCCGGGGCCACCUCGCCUGCCAAGAAGGCCUCCGCAUCGGGUCUUGUCUAGUAGCCCGGAGGAGGACGGCCAUAAACUACCAUCUUGGAUGGCAGCACAGGAGGAAGAGGCCAGAGCGAAAAGCUCAUUUGUAGAUGAAGAUGCUGGUCUGUGA